AUGUUUCCAGGAUAUGGGUAUACCCCUUCGACAGCGAGCCCGACGUGGGCCCAGGGCGCGCUUCAUGACGGGCUCCUGCUCGACGACCCCGCCUUCCGUGCCGUCCAGUACCAGGACCUAGAGGGCGCUGUCAUCCUGUAUCCGACAUCUGAUCUCCCUGUCGCUCGCUCGGUCGUAGGCUCGGAGAAGCGAGACAUAGCUCAUGCCCUCCGGCGCGCGUGCGUGCCCCAGCACGAGUGUAGCUGGUGCGGGAAGAGGUUCACCAGGAAGCUCAACCGCAAUGAACAUAUCCUCCGACACGAGAAUCAGCUUACCUUCUCCUGCAAUGUCGCCGGGUGCACGCAGCGCGUCAACACGCGAAGCGACCUCAGAGGUCACCGAAGGAGAUGCCACGACCGAGGCGCGGCCGAGGCGCAGGCAGAAUAA